AUGAGCUCUUCGAGCACUUGGGUCUCUUGGUUGCAACCCCCUGCAACUCCCAGACAGACCCACGAGGUACCGAAGGACCCUGGGCCCCGAGCAGUGGCCCCACCCGCCCCCAAUUGUGGUCGGCGACCUCAACCCGGCGGUGCGGCCCCCAGUUCCUCUGCCGGGCUGAUUGCCACACUUCCCACCUCUAGCCCCACGGGGCAGCAGAGGGAGGAGGACGUGCGGUGUGGGCACCCAGCGGGCGCAGCCGGGGAAUCCCGCCCGAUGGGACUCCUCUUCCACUUCCCUUCGCCAGCCCAGGCCACAACAGAAGAAAUGUUGUCCUUUACAACACCCCGAUGGGUCCUCCAUCAGGCUUUUACAUCAGCUGGUGCCCACACAAGCAAACCACCAAGCCACGACGAUACCUACCUCACCUCCAGCUCCUUUGGGGAAAUGAAUUCACAGUGGGAGCCCAGGCUCCAGGUCAAGGUCAUCAGUAACCCUCUGUGGAAGAUGGAAGAUUUGCCUCAGUUAGCUUCUGUUUCCUUCCCUAGGGCAGUUGGUUGUACCAUGUCUAUAAGUAGUGAGACGAUGGGACCCUCCCUGACCCAGGAGAUCCUCAGCUACCUGGGCCUGGCCAAUGAGACAGCAGCUUGGGGGACUCUGGGCACCCUGAGGACCUUCUUAAGUUUCAGUGUGGACAAGGAUGUACAGAGGCUGCUGAAGGCCAUAACAGGUCAAGGUGUAGACCACAGUGCCAUUGUGGACGUACUGACCAAUCGGAGCAGAGAGCAAAGGCAGCUCAUUUCUCGAGCCUUCCAGGAGCGCACUCAACAGGACCUGCUGAAGUCCCUGCAGGCGGCACUCUCUGGCAAUCUGGAGAGGAUUGUGGUGGCUCUGCUGCAGCCUACAGCGUACUUUGAUGCCCAAGAACUAAAGACAGCCUUGAAGGGCUCAGGUUCUGCUAAGGAUGUGGUCAUGGAGAUUCUUGCCACCAGAGCCCCAUCUCGGCUGCAGGACUGCCUGACAGUCUACAAACACAAUUUCCAGGUGGAGGCUGAGGAGGACAUCAAGUGUGAGACGAGGGGCAUCUUGCAGGACCUGCUUCUGGCUCUGGCCAAGGGAGGCCGUGAGACCUACUCUGGGAUCAUUGACUACAAUCUGACAGAACAGGAUGUCCAGGCACUGCAGCAGGCUGAAGGACCUAGCACAAGGGAGCCAUGGGUCCUAAUCUUCACCCAGCGCAAUCCUGAACACCUCAUCCGAGUAUUUGAUCAGUACCAGCAAUGCGCUGGGCAAGAGUUGGAGGAAGCUAUCCGGAACCUUUUCCAUGGAGAUGUCCAGGUGGCCUUGCUCAGCCUAGUCUCGGUGAUCAGGAACACACCACUGUACUUUGCUGACAAACUUCACCAAGCCCUUCAGGAAACUGAGCCCAAUUACCAAGCCCUCAUGCGUAUCCUUAUUUCCCGAAGUGAGACUGACCUUCUAAGCAUCAGAGCUGAGUUCAAGAAGAAAUUUGGGAAGUCUCUCUAUUCUUCUCUUCAGGAUGCAGUGAAAGGGGAUUGCCGGUCAGCCCUACUGGCCCUGUGCAGAGCUGAAGACAUUUGAGAGCUUCUGGUCCCCUUGCCCCCACGUGACAUUCAAGUAUCUGAGAGGCACAUGUUUGGCGGAGCCUGCUGGAGACCAUCUGAGCCUUCAAAUAGGAUAUCCCUCAUGGAGUACCACAUACCCCAGCUUCAUUGAGGCUGGAAUUCUACAUUUCUUUUAAAUCCCUUAAUUCCCUUCAUCUCAAAAUUAUGUCCAUACCUGGGUCCUCUAGCUCUGUGUUGGCAUAGGAUAAUGGGAUCUCUUUGAUAAUGUCUGUUCCAUUAAUCCAUCCUGUACCCUGGCCAGAACAUCUCACUUGAAUUCUUUGGCAAA